AUGAAGUUAUUAAAUGCAGUUGAUUGUCAAGGUGAAGUCCAUUUGAUUAUUGGAUCCACGUUGAACAUUUCAUUCCAAAGAGCAUUGAAAAUUAUAGAAGUUGGUGCUAAACCUGUGUUGAUUCAUGAUGGAGAUAUUCCAAAGAAUUUAAAACAACUUAUAGAUGAAGGAUCUGUUGAAUGGAUACAGAGAGAAUUUGAACUUGAUCAUCUACGUCAAUUAGGUCGUUUAGAAGUUGAGUCAAUAGUGGAUAAAGUAUUUGUUGUUCAAAGUUCUAUUAAACAAGAUAUUUUCAACCAUUGUAAAAGACUAAGAGUUCAAAUAAAUACAUAUCAAUCACAACUUCUAUCAACAUUCACAUUAUUAUCAACUUAUCAAAAAGGUGAUUUCCAAUUUGGUGUUACAACUCAGGGUAAAGGAUGCAAUUUAUCAUCAAGAAUUAAAAGAGAAAUAAUUAAAAAUUUACCUUCAAAUAUUGAUUCAAUAGUUUCAAAUAUUGGAAAUUUAAAGCAAAAAUUAGUGGAUAGUGACCAAUAUGAUGAAGAAAUUGACUAUACAAAUGAAAUGAUGCUGAUGAAAGAAGAUAUUCAGUUGAGAAGAUCUAAAUGGUUAAUACAAAUGAUUGAAUAUUAUCCAUUAAAUAAAUUAUCACAUAUAAACAUCAAUGAUUUUACAAAUGGUUAUGAAAAUUUUAAAAAACAACCAGCUGCAAAUACUGUAUCGAACAAAGGUUCAAUAACAUUAGUGGGUUCAGGUCCUGGUUCAUUAUCAUCAUUAACAUUAGGUGCAAUUCAUGAAAUUCAAAAUGCAGAUUUUAUAAUUAUGGAUAAAUUAAUACCACAAGAAAUUCAAAAUAUAUUACCUAAAACCACUGAAACAUUUACAUGUCGGAAAUUUCCAGGGAAUCAAGAAGCUGCACAACAAGAAAUUAUGAAAAUUGCAAUUGAUGCCAUCAGAAAAGGUUUAAAAGUUUUAAGAUUAAAACAAGGUGAUCCUUAUAUAUUUGGACGUGGAGGUGAAGAAUAUCAAUGGUUUGCUGAAAGAGGUAUCAACUGUAAUGUAUUACCAGGCAUAACAAGUGCAUUAAGCGCACCAAUAUUUGCCACAAUUCCAACCACUCAUCGUGGUGUUACAGAUCAAGUAUUAAUAUGUACAGGUACUUCUAAAAAUGGAUUAAUACCUCAAGUUCCAGAAUUUAAUAAUAAGAGAACUACAAUUUUCUUGAUGUCAUUACAUAGAAUUGAAGCAUUAAGUGAACAAUUAAUUAAAGAAAAAUGGCCCUGUGAAUUACCAGUUUGUGUUGUUGAAAAAGCUUCAAGUCCAGAUCAAAGAAUAAUUAGAAGUGAUUUACAAAAUAUUUCAAUGGCAUUAAGACAAUUAGGUUCAAGACCUCCAGGUUUAUUAAUUGUUGGAUGGAGUUGUGGAGUACUUAAAUCGACUAAAGGAUCUAAAUGGUUAGUUGAAGAAGGUUUAAAUAAUGAUAUGAUUGAUAAUGGUAUAAUGAAUAUAAUUAGAAAACUUAAUUAA